AUGGAAGCUUCACAUGGCGGAACUGGAACUGGAACGGGAGAAGCAAUUACAAUAACAAAAUUUAAACCUGAUGUUGUUCGUCCCACAAUGAAGAAGACUUAUGAUGAUGGGGGGCUCUAUUAUUUGUCUCCUGUAGACGAGUUAUUGAUGGGUCCUGUUGAUAUUUUAAUUUGCUAUGAGAUGGAGGAUGGGACGAGAAGGACAGAGAAUCUCUGUGAAACAAUCAAACAAGCUUUGGCUAAGGUUCUGGUUCAUUUCUAUCCAUUUGCAGGAAGUCUUGUACAAAGCCCAGAUGGAAGAUUUAUGGUGAAAUGCACAGGAGAAGGUGGUGUAUCAUUUGUUGAAGCAGUUGCAAAUUGUGAGCUUCGUGAGUUGGGCGAUUUUACAAUCCCCAAUCUCCCAAUACACAGACAACUUGUUCAUGCUUGCAAUGAAUCAAAGAACCCUUUUGAUAUACCACUGCUUUCAGUACAGGUGACAAGGUUCCAGUGUGGAGGCUUUGUUCUUGGAUUAAGAAUGAACCAUUGCAUGAGCGAUGGAACAUCAUUGCAUGACAAUAUUUCUGGAAUGAACGAAGAUGGAUCAAAUUUUCCCUUUAUACGUCGAGAUGAACAAUCUGUAUUCAAAUCCUUCACUUUUGAUCUCCAAAAAAUGAUGCAACUGAAGAAGAUAGCUAUGGAGGAUGGAACCAUAAAGAGUGCCACAGAUUUUGAAUUGAUCAUGGCAUUUACAUGGCGUGCAAGAACCAAGGCCCUCAAAAUGAACCUUUCUGAGCCAUCGAAGGUUCUAAUUGUUUCGAUGGACGGCAGCGAAUAGGUCCAUUUCCAAAAGGGUACUUCGGCAAUGCCAUUUUGUUGACAGGUUGUGGAUGUAGUGCAGGAGAACUAAUUGAAAAGCCACUGUCGUUUGCAGUUGAUUUGAUCAA